AUGCCCGCAUUUCGUAUCUAUCUUCUGGGAACUGUGGCAGCUCUGGCAGUUGGCGCCUACUGGAUCUACCGCAGUACUUAUAUCCAACGGAAGAAGUCCUCACAGGACAAAAGAACCCACCGACCCGUAUCCAACAACAGCACCUAUGUUGAGGGGGUACUGCAACAGAAUGAACGACCAGAGGCUUCGAGAGAUCACACUGUCAGUAGGGCGGAAGUCGAGUACCUCGUUUCCCUCCUUGCUUCUUCUAACACCACAAAGUUCUUGAAGAUCACGAAGACCCUCCUCAGCUUCACAAACUUUCGGGAGAAUAUGGUAAUCCCACUCCUUUUACCACUCAACUUUUUUUUACUCUUAGGUCUCUUUUAGGAGCCAAAAAACGCUCGAGACCUUAAUUUCACACGUUCUCCUUGGCGGUGAUGGCGCCUUUCUGCGAACUGUUAACGUUUCUGUACUCAGUAUAUUAUCAAACCUCGUGGUGGAUGACGAAGUUCGACAGUACUUGAAAGUACCUAUUUUGUUGGGCUUCACUGCUUAUUACUGUGCUGUUAUUGUAGGCAAAUAUAGACAACCUAUUUGACGCCAAUUUAUCCAGUCUGACGGAGGAGGAGCUCAUUGCAUUUCUCCGCUUCUUGGGGAAUCUCGCGCUUCUGGAGGACAGCUGCGCCCCAGUUAGCAAACACGCAGCCGAUGUUUACGAACUUACGGGCAGCAAAAGUGCUUUGGUACAGCAGCAAGCAUGGACGGUGCUGUUAAACCUGUCAUGUGAUGCCAACAGUCUUCCUGUUCUGCUGUCAGCUGAAGUAAGCCCUGACUGCUACUGCUAAUUUUCAUUCUGCAGGUCUCUGACGAGGUGGCUCCCACCAUCUUGGAGAUGCUCUCGGUGAAUGAGAAUGAGCUUACUUUGAGCAAGGUUCUGAAGUUUUUGUGCAACGCGUACUCUUACCUAUCUACCCACCCUCAACUUGCUCAGGGUCCUUCGAAAUCCAUGACUGAGCGCUUGUUGGUAAGUCGGCCUCUCCCUGUCGUUUUCCGUACCUGUACGAUCAUCAGUUACUUGCUUCACCUUCCAGGAACAUGUAUGAUGCGUCUUCUGAGGGCCUGUCUGUCACCUUUCAUGUGGAGUAAUCACGGCCGGGGGUGGGAGGCGGGCAUUCAGCUGGAUAGUUAAGCGAUGUUGUGGACACAAACGAUUAAUGGUCUUGUUUCGCUAUCCGUCCCGGCCAGCCAACAGCAGGCCUACGAGGCUGGAAUUGAUGUGACCCUGUAAACCAUUUGUUAAAAAAUUUCUCCGGGGCUUUUCUCCUAUCUCCCAGUCACUGACUUUACUCUGUCCCACCUCACCCCAUCCUGGACUACGUUUUGAGCGUUAACAGUGCACCCAGUGUCUUUGCCUCGACGUCUCAUGAUUAUUAUAGCUUUUCCUACCUUUUAUUGUGGUCCAGCGACUAUUAGUUUACAAUGGAACAACGGAAGCCCUGGGGAACUAGCGUCUGUCUAUUAGCCUAGUUGCGGGCUACCCGCUGUUUACACAGGCACUGGAUUUAGAACGCCUGUCGGAGAAGACUGUCUACCAGAUAAACAGGCUUUCGAUUCUGAUGAGUAAGUGACCGUCGAUAGUGCAACAGUAAUGCCUUCAGACGUGGCGCCCGGGCACCGAUCAGCCAUCCCCGUUACUUAUGGAUGGAGACAUGACAAAUGUUGUUCACUACGCUUGCCCGUUCUGCGGUUUUAGGUUCCACCCACAGGCCGUGUGGAACUGGGGACCUCGCCCGUACCAUAUCUCCUGAAAUAUCAGUUGACACUCACGACCUGUGCUGUUAGCCCUUGAAGCAGAAGCCGAAGCAAGUAGAAUUGGUACAUUGCGCCUCCCGUAAUCACUCCUUUAUUAAUAAUCGUGCUGCAUAUCUCUGCCCGCACUUGCUCUUCCAACACUGACCUACAAGACAAGAUCAGGACGACUAGAGUAGGCAUGGGCGCAUGCACGAGCUUGACUCCGCCGUAUACGCAGAAUACACGCACACACACAUCGCUGCCUCGACCGUCUCGACAGUUGAAUGGCCGCAUUUGACGAUGUCCACUGUGUGCCCCACAGCAUGAUAGGGGGCAGGACAGUGGCCUGCGCGUAGACUAAUUUGUGGUGGUGGUGGGUGGUGGGUGGUGGUGGUGGUGGUGGUGGUGGUGGUGGUGGUGGUGGUGGUGGUGGUGGUGGUGGUAGACUUGCGCAGCAUCUGUCGCACUCUCUCCUCUCCCAACCACCUGCGUCCGGUAGCAGGACAGAGUCAAGAGGACCGAAGGCGGGAUUGAGCGCAGUAGGCGUUUCCAUGGGGCUAUAUUAUGCAAGAGUUCUUGGUAGGACUGAAUUUGUGGCUCCCUUAACAGGACGUGGGAAUAGGUACGUCCCGCCCAUGUAAUAAAGGUGGACUUGUGCAUAAUUCCGGAAAGGGCAAAAUAUUCCCGUGUCAUAACCCCAACAAUAACCCUAAUCAAUAGAUGCGAAGAGACGAGUCCCAGGAAGCAGCCUUGAAGAAGGAGACACGAUCGCUUGGACAAGAGCUUUAUUAGCCUGACGUUUCGGAUUCUUGCUCGAACCCAUCAUCAGAGACACAAGCAGAUAAGUGUGUUUCAUGCAUAAGGGGCUGCAGUAUUUAUAAGAUGCAGUAGCCAUGCUACCGCAUGCGUAUGAAUAUUCACGGCUCCCCCCUUCAUCGGGGAUCCCAGCGAUCGUGUCUCCUUCUUCAAUAACCCUAAUAUAAAAUUAGGUCGUUGUCCCACUUUUGACUCUAACUCUCUCCUAAACCUUAACUCUGUAGUUAACGCUAGCCCCUACCUUAACCCUAAACUCGCUCCUGACCUACCUUACUGUCAACUUUAAAUCUAGCUUUAAGUCGGAUCCUUAACCUGACCAUAACCCUAACCUUAAACGUAACCCUUAUUUCACUGGAAGUCGGCCCAAAACCACCAGUAUUGCAGGCGAUUCUUAUUCCGAUGUCCUGUUUAAGGGUCACAUAGAUCAGUCCUUCUGAGUUUCAACCCUGGGGUCGACUUAUCACUCCAGCUGCUAACCCUCCAAGACACGACCCUUGAGUGCUCAAAAAUGCGUCCGAUUUAUUGUAGGCAGGAGAGGUCUUUUUGGAUUUUGUCCUGAUGCUGACCACCGACAUGAUGUGGUCUAGAACUGAGGCAGAAUUUCGAAGGAGUUGGUUCGGUAAAAACAAGUUGAGAAUUGUGAUACGAGGCUCCGCAUAGAAUACGACGCCAUCCGGGCGAACUAAACACUGCCGAGGCCUCAUUAUUCCCACAGUACCAACACGAUGAAACGUUGAGACGUAGCUGCACUGCUAUCCACCCGGAAGAUAACCGACUAACACUUUUAGAGCUCUGCGAAGUGACGAACCUUGUCUUUGUCUCGCCCUCAGUGACCAUCAAUAGCCGCUAGUACUUGGAUUACCAGUCUGGGUAGGAGAAGUAUGUGGUGCCCAACAGCGACAACUGUCUUGCCUCCAGGACUGGUGAUUACGUGCCUACUAUUUCGUCCUACGGCUGUCACUACUUUUUGUAAAAUACCAACGCGUUCCACACGAAUGGGAAAAAAACAGGGUGGUGUAGCUAACGGAUAUGUGGGCUGGAAGUGGGAGUUCCGCAGGCCGCGAGAGAAAGGUAAGCGCCCUCUGAAGUUAGAAACUGGGUGUUUCUGGCGCAUUAAUCAGCAAUCCUCCUUAUGGAUAUGAUCGGUUCCUGCAAAUCAGCGGACACAGAAAAAAAACAUGGGGCCUGGAGGCUGACUGGAGGAGGGGAGGAAGAGUUGACUGACCAGUGAGAUUAUGUUAGAACACUUGUUGGAUGCCUGGGUCGAAAAAAGCUCUCUUUCACGUCUCUUAAAUCGAUUAGCUAGUCUGGAAAAGUCGCUGGUUUUUUGGUAUUACGGGUUAUCGGCCUGACAAAUAUUGCUAAACAAUACCUCCCCUCCCUGCUUGCAUACGCACGGUUGCUGCCAAUAACAGUCGACUAUUGCGCAAAACCCUGCCUCGGCGCUCCCAUGAGCCGCCGCGCAGUUUCAUAGCGCUUUGAUGUCCUUAAACAAACGCCGACGGCUACAUGAUAUCCCCUCAAUCGCACACUUCUGAGACCGUGUUUGGGUUACUUUGUGUCCUCAACCGUAAACGCCGACUUCCACAAAAUCCCCCAUCAAUUAUAACCUGUGAGUUAAUUUUAGGGCGGUGUUGCAAUGAGCCAACCUAGCCCUUGGCAAGUGCAUGCAGACAGCCUGUCGGGUGGUUGUGUACAGAGAAACCAACCCGCUCCCAUGGGAACUUUCAGUCGUUUUUCAGCCUUCAUCAAGUUGCGAUGACUCUCAUCUGCGUUGACUUGCUACCGUUAUGGUUUUGCUGUUUUUUUUAACCCUAUCCUCAAAAAGUUAUCUUUCUCCUCUGAACACCUGACCUUAUGCGAUUUGAUGCCGAAGUGUCACAAUGCUCUGGUAGGGUCUAUGUUCGUCAUCUUAAAGCUCCUUGUUGGUCUUUCACAGGGACUCCAGAGAGUGGUCUGGCAGUCAAAAGUACUAAUUCCACUCUGACCGAGGACGGCAGGAUGUCUUGGUGUCCGAAAAAUGAGAGUGUCCCGGGCGAAGAAGAUAGAUGCGGUUUCCGGCACCCGAUCACGCUGUUAUAGGCGGCGAAAAGCAGGCAUUAAAUGCAAAACAGGGGUCUUCGGCACUGCGGCUAAGGGAAGUCCCGACUCGAUGUCCAGAGAGAAGGAGCGAGAACCGUCGGUUGUGGUGGUGGGAGGUAGAGUUGUUGGCCUGAAGAAACAAACUAUGAUUGGGGCAUCUGCGGUUUACCGGGGAUCAGAUGGACCCUAGGGUCGUUUAGGAAAUACUCGUCAUUCCGGUUAUCACACAGACUUGCGAGGUGCGACGGUUGCCAGGAGGAUUAGCCGUAUCCCUGCCCUGGAUGCUCCCUUUUUUUCCUAGUAGCCCUGCUUGAAUUUGGAAAUACAGGCGGGAAAUUUGUAGCGUCUGAGCAGCGGUUGUACUCCGACUGCCACAUUUACCCAGCCAGAAGACACCUGAGUGAGAGUUUUACUGUGCACAGAGUCCUGAGUUGUUGUCUCAGGCAGCAGUGACCGCUGGCAAGGUCAGGACGUGUGCUGACAUGCCUGGGGGAGAGAGAUCGUAGUCGCCCGUUUUAAUAGAUUUGCGGGAGCGGGUCCAAGUGGGUCGUGCUGCCCUAGCCGAGGGAUGGCAUGCUCAAGUGGGAUUUUUACUCCGGUGAUCGUCUGAAUGCGUGCAGUUGCGCAUGCUGCAGUCAGUCAGACUGUAAGGUCAGGAGGCCUGGAAUCGCCUCCUGCGAAGGUGACACUGCGGGGCAUUGGACAAACGCACCAGACAUCUUACUGAUGGCUGUCAGCUACGAAAGCACCAGAGGCGGCGUGGUAUCAAUCGGCUGCGCUUGGGCGAAUUGAACAUGGUUUGACCAAAUCAGAUGGUGUCUGAAAUAGCCUUCCGGUAGAGGGAUUGACGUCCUGUUGUUGACCAUAAACUGUGAUUUAGGCUGUCUUCGGUAUCCCGAACUCCAGUUGCUACAGAGGGAGGUGGAGGAAAAUGAAUUGAGAAGGUUGAGAGCUGAGCUGCCGACAGCUUGGUAAGUUGCAGAUCUUCAUUAGCGGGUUAGCCAUCCUGAACCAUUCGUACAGUAGAUGGAGAGGGGUUUCGUGUAAAAUGCGCUGCAUCGGUGGUUGUAAAUUUACCACUGCUGACAGUUGACAGUGGGGUUUUGAGACAACGAGCAUCAACAGCGGUUCCAGAAAGUGUGCAACAUGGAAGUACGUUUGCCGUGGGAUGCAACGGUAUGAUGCUCACCUGGCCUGAAGAGUCCGGGUUAGACUUGAGACUUACUACGGCCUCCUAUAGUGACUUUAUUUUUCCCUGGGUCUCUUUAGGGCUGUGAAACUGUUCCACUUCUGUUUAUGUUACGAAACUGCGGUCCGUGGAUACGGAGGUGCGUUCUAUUGAUCUCAUAUCCCAUGCCUGGUAGUUCACCCAUCGUAGUGAAUAAUAACCGUCCUCUGUUGAUUACAUUUGUAGCGCAGUUGUUGGGUGAUGCGCUUUGGUGGUUAGUGUUAGUUCUAUCCGGAUUGGUCAGAGGAAUCCAGUCCUAGCCUUGAAUGCAUUUGGGGCUGUGGGCGUUUGGGUGUGCUGUUAAUGCUAUUGGACAGAAAAGUAUCGCCACAGGUGACUGGUGCCUAGGUACAUAUCGAGCAGGUCGAACGGAUUCAGGAGUGUUUUGUGGUGGUCGUAGUUAGGUUCAUCAUGCGUGACGUCAGGUCUCAUAACUGCCAAAUCGGGCGCACCAUCUAGUCUGCCUCGUGUGUGAGACACAGGCGCUGCAGAUAUAUGCCUCUUGUUCUAUUGACACAGUCUAAACUCUCAGGCUGGAGUGUCAUGAGCUGUGUUGGCGUAGUUUGUCUAGCCCUCACGACCGGCUGCUCUGCGGAUGCGCUGAAUUAAUAUGGGAGCGAGACCGGCUCGCAGCACGCGUUUAUUGGGCAGUGCAGAGUCCGCGCUAGCCGUGCGCGUGUGUUCUGGCACGUCAUACUGCAGGCCUCCACAUCACGUCCAUCACUGCUGCCAAUCCGAUCACCCAUUGCCUGACAGGCUCGGACUGUCGUCUGGCGAAAUGGGAGAGGAAAGAGAGAAUGAGGCCGAACCUGCGGAAUUCAAUCCUUAUAACAACUCAGCGCAUUCCUUACUGUAACAGAUUUGACACGCUCGAAGUUCUCACGGCGCGCUAAAAGUCGUUGUCUCGAGGGUUGCCAAUUGACGGGAUAGCUCGGUACCCAUGAGAGUAUUUGGAUUGGCAGGGAGACCUAGAGUCGGGCUACAAUGAUUCCUUUUCACUGUGGCCUUCAUGCCACUACCACGCACGUGGGGUGCGAAGCGUCGCCAUAAAGACCUGGUAUACGCAGCAGGGACCAGGUCGUGUGUGGCACGCGUAGGUGGGAUGUUUAGCUUUGUCGGCCACUGCGCCCGCGUCCACCUCCAGACCGCAGCAGGAUGGGUGGGGGAUGAGCCAGAGACCUCGGUAGAUGCUGCGCAAGUUCGUCUCACUUCAAGCUAAUUCACUAGAUGCGCUUGCGCUCCCGCUGGGUAUACAGCUGGUGGGCAUGGCUGCCCAGUCAUCAUCCUCGUUCUUCUGACCCCUGUUGGGGUGUUGUUGUCGGCGAAAAAUUCUGGUCAGGUGUGUGAUGGCACGCCUAGGUGCGGGUCCGGCCGUGCCAGCCACCUGCGCCCUCCUCCGCCCACGGUCUUCUUGACUCGGCCUUGAUACCGGAUACAGAUGGGAAGUGGGGAAGAGUGUGGUAGGUGCUGCGCAAGUCUACAUUCGCUAUAAACUAAUUCACGCGCAAGUUACCGUGUCUGCUGCACCUUGCUGUGUAGCACACGAUGGACAUCGUCGGAAUCGAUGGCCGAACUGGUACUCACAAGCUAAUUCACACCAUGCAGCACGCGAUUGGUGUCAUCAGUCACAACGGUCAAACUGUUGGGCCAGGACCACCUACGCUGUCAAUUUUUAGGCAACUGAUUAGGACGGAGACUGCCUGCGUGUUGCUGACUUUCGACUCUUGUCUGCCCUGCCGCAUUCCUUAUACUCAUUUGACGGUUUAACGAGUUAAACUGUCUCCUUUAUCUCCUACAGGCCCUUCGGUCGGACCUGCAGAUGCAAGCCACCCUUCUACUCCCCUGCACUACCUCCCUAUCCAAUGAAAGUAUUUUCCCGGACACCCAGCGCCUCCUUGGAAUCCUCGAAAAUUUUGCGGAGCCCGUCUCCUAG